AGCUAAAAAUAGAUUACAAUCGAAAUGGAUUUAAAAAUUUAAAAGGACUGUUGACCAAAUGGUGUACAGGAACAUUUUAUAGUUGAUCUCACUUUUCCAUUACAAUCUUUUUCUUAAAUAUUGGCUUAGAGUACAUAUAGCCUCGCGGCGCGAAAUUGUCAUUCACCACGUGUGUAGAUAGAUGUACAGCAAGUGCGAAGCGAUGCAUUAGACUCGUUCACACUAGCAUCGAUUUUGAUCUGCUCUGCCCAAUAUUCCAUUUGCCUCAAGAAUUAGGGGCAGUGACCGACGAUUUCUUACGGAUUGUGAAAGAGGACGUAGAUUUGUAUUAAUCAGUGGCCAAAACAACAUAGCGGAUUUAAUUGUGUUGUUUGGGGCGAUGCCCUUUGAUAAAUGUCUGUCAAUGAAGAUUUUGGAGGUGAGCAACUUUAACUAGAUUUCUUUCUGGGGACAACCAUUUCAACUGCCUAUGUCGAUGUUUCUCGUCCUGUAUACAAACCGAGGCGAUAAUGACGAAUGUUCAAUGUUACAACAACAGAACUUUUGAACCUACAUCAGAAUCAGAGAGAAAUUCCCAUAAGUUAUGGAUCACCCAGACGGAAUCUAAUGAUAUACCAAAGUGGCAGCAACUGACGUUAUCGUGGCAUGACGUCACCGUGUCUUCCUUAGCCAGACAUGGAUGCUGUAGGAAACACGGGAAUUCAAAGGGCAAACUCCUUCUGAACAAAGUAAGUGGUGAAAUCAGACCUGGAAAACUGGUAGCCAUCAUGGGAGCAAGUGGCGCCGGGAAAACAACUCUAAUGAAUGUUCUUACAUUCCGAAAUGUCCAUUCCCUUUCUAUCGAGGGCAAAAUAAAAAUAAACAACAGAAUCGUAAACAGAGAGGAUAUGAACAACAUGUCAGCUUAUCUACAACAGGAGGAUCUAUUUUUAGGAACAAUGACCGUGCGGGAACACCUUAUAUUUAGGGCAUGUUUACAAAUGGACGCCGAUUCUAAAGCUAGAGAACGAAAAGUAGAAGAAGUCAUAACCGAGCUAGGAUUGUCCAAAUGUGCCGACUCCAUUAUAGACAUGCCGUUUUCUAAUCAAAGAAUAUCAGGAGGGGAAAGGAAGAGGUUGUCUUUUGCUGCAGAGCUCCUGAUGAAACCCCCAAUAAUGUUCUGUGACGAACCAACUUCCGGUUUAGAUUCAUUCAUGGCUUCCAGUGUCAUUCAGAGCUUAAAGAUGCUGGUGCAUAAAGGUCACACAGUUAUGUGCACCAUCCAUCAACCUUCCUCUGAAGUGUUCGCACUUUUUGACGAAAUUUACCUCUUGGCUGAGGGACAUUGCGUUUUUACGGGUUACACAAUGCAUGGUUUGGACUUUUUCAAAAAACAUGGCUAUCCUUGUCCAGUGAACUACAAUCCUGCUGAUCAUUUUAUCCUGACCUUGGCAAUUGUUCCAGGACAUGAACAGACCUGUAAUGCUAAAAUACAGAAAUUACGCAGAGAGUUUGAAAAAGCGAAGACACCGCAACUUGAAAAUAGAAAACAAUAUACAUCAGAUUCCAGUAAUAUAUGCAACGGGUUAAUGACAUCAAAAAAUAUACCUGGAAAUGUUUUUCUAAAAGAUAUGAAGCAUAAAGAAUCGUUACCAAGAUAUCAAGCCCCAUUCUUUAAACAGUUACGUCAUCUUCUUUGGAGAAGUUGGAUUACUAAUAUUCGUAACCCAACCUUGGUAAAAAUCAAGUUGGCUGAAUCUAUAUUGUUUGCAGUUAUACUAGGACUCUUUUAUUUGAAGACAGACAAUCAUUAUACACAGGAUGACGUCAUGAACAUCAAUGGAUGUAUAUUCUUCGCGAUAGUAUCCUUAAGCUUGGACACAAUUCUACCUAUCUUAAAUGUUUUUCCAUGUGAAGUUCCUAUUUUUGUAAGAGAAUAUGGCUGUAAAUUAUACAGGGUAGAUGUGUAUUAUCUCAGCAAAAUUAUAGUGGAGAUUCCCUUCCUGAUCAUAACUCCUACCAUAUUCAUGUCCAUUCUUUACUGGAUGAGUGGCUUUGUAUAUAACCUGAUAAAAUUUUUCACGGCUGUUGGGAUAUCCGUACUAGUCGCAAACACAGCAGCUGGAUUUGGAUAUGUGAUAUCUGCCUGUGCCCCCUCUAUAGCGGCGGCUUUAGCCAUAGCUCCGCUGUUAAUCAUGCCGCUUAUGAUGAAUGGAGGAUUCUUCUUGAAUAGUAGGACUGUACCUGAUUACUUUCUGUGGUUAAAAUACUCAUCGUGGUUUAUGUACAGCAACGAGUUAAUGACUGUAAAUCAGUGGACCAGUGUUCAACAUAUAGGGUGCUUUAAAAAUGCAACGUGCAUUUCAAAUGGUGAUCUAGUCAUUGAGAGUUUAGGAUAUCGUAAGGGCAACCAGAUUCCAGAUUGGAUAUGUUUAGCAGCUUUAGCUGUGGCAUUCAGAAUCAUUUCAUUUUUAAUCUUAUUUAUUAAAGCAAAACUAUCAACAUAAAUAUAAAAAAAAUUGAAAUGUG